GGAAAGAACAGAAAAUUUUUGAGAGAAAGCCGAAAGAAAGGAAAAUGGGGAAACAGCCGGUGAAGAUGAGGGCGGUGGUAUACGCGCUGUCGCCGUUCCAGCAGAAGAUAAUGAGUGGGUUGUGGAAGGAUCUGCCGGGAAAGAUCUCCCACAAGGUCUCCGAGAAUUGGAUCAGCGCUACUCUUCUCCUCGCCCCUCUCGUCGGAACCUACAUGUAUGUCCAGAACUUCAAAGAAAAGGAGAAGUUGGAACACAGGUAUUGAAACCACAAGAAGCUUCCAUUUUAUCAGAA